GGCGGCGGCCGACACAAAGAAGAGCCGUUUUCCGUUCCAGCCACAAAGCAAAGCACAAAGCACACAAAGCACACAGGAAGGAAGGAAGGAUGAUGAGCGGAGCUGGCGGCGGUGUGGUGAGUGCGUCGCGGGAGGUCGGCCAGGGCGUGGCGGAGCUCAAGGCAAAGAUCUACGAGCGCAUCAACAAGCACUUCAAGGAGUAUGCGGCCUCCUUUGACAUUGGGGGCGAUGUCUCCACAGAACUCGAUGCACUCCGGCACCAACUGGACGCCGUCAAAUCAGCCAUUGAGGAGGACGACUUGGACGCUGUGGCACAGCAAACACAGGAGGCUGCUCGACUGCGCGCACAAACACAAUUGACAGAUGCCACCGUCGAUGUCAUGCAAACGUUGGCAGAGAUCGACAAGUCAUUGCUAAGGCAUGACACGCAUCUGGAAGCAGGAAACUUGGCCCAAGCAGCAUCCGUGCUCGCAGAAGUCAAAGUGAACCUCGACGACAAGCGGCUGUUGCAGAAGGAGUACUGCGACGCUAAGAUCCUGCUCAUCCUCAGGCGAGACUAUGAGGAGAAGCAGGCGCACCUGCGCAGUCGGGUGGAGGAGCUGUGGCGCCGCGCUGUUGUUUGGCAGCGACGUGACAUUGGCAGCCAGCACGUCGCAACCAUGCAGGUCACCACAACCCUCGAAGUUUCGGAGACACAGGCCGACAUGGACAUUGCAGAGGUGGUGGCGGCAUUGGAAGCGUUGGGCCUGCUGGAUACACAUCUUGCGCGCCUCGCAUCGCAGCUUAUGGAGGCGUUCUUGCUCCCACUCUGCAAAACACACACGCUGACACCGUCUGUCACCGAGGGCGCUCGCUCGCGUACGCUCAUGUUGGAUGACCGCCUGCCCGGCAUCAAGGCGCGAAAGCUCCGCUCUAAGAUCAGGGCUGCACAGGAAGCGCUUGCCGUGUUCCAGUCGCUGGAGACGGUGCUUGCGUUUGCGCUCGACAAUGUGCUUGCCGCGGACCCCAACCUCUCCGCACGCCUGGGCCGGUCCCUUGCAGGCCCGCUCCUCGAGGCGGUGACCAAGCACCUGCUGGCAAAGGCUGUCCCCUUGCACACGGACAACGAUGAUCUGCACAGCAAAGUCAAGGGCAGCGUUCAGCGCUUGGAGGCGUUCCUUCGCGAUGCACACGUGGUACAGGGCAAGGACGCGGCGGUGCUGUCGACAUAUGUGGACAACGUUGGCCUGCACAACCACAACAGGAAGCGGCAGGAGGUGCUGGCUCGAGCGCGUGCACUGAUGCUCGCAGACAACUUCAACACCAUCCAGGUUGAGCACGCCACGGAGCGCGGCGGCCUCUUCCCCGCAACAGAGCAAGUGUUUGAGGGAGACGACGCUGCGUUGCGCGAGAGCAUCUUCAGCCUGCCGACCUGCCACAUCACGGAGACCACGAAGAAGGUCAUGGAUCUCGUGUACAUCACCCUCGACGAGUGCGCCAAAGCAGACCAGUCAACGCGCGUGCAGUUGUUCUACACUGUGCGGGACGUGCUUGAUCUCUUCCGCACGGUUGUGCCCACCUUCCACGCACAGGCCCUCGACGCAGCACAUGGGCGUGGGUGGGGUGUGAUGCCACCGGGCGUGUUUGACACAUGUACGGGCACGCUGGUGUCUGUGAUUGCAAACCGGGUUGUGAGCGACACGCUUGCGCUCUCUGACAUCUCCGAGGACGAAUGCAAGCACCUGGAGCACUUUGUUUCCCUCUUGCUUGAGCAACUACGUGGUCAGUGGGGUCGUGAUGUUGCCCAGGAUGAACUGACACAGCUUGCCCCGUCCUGGCAGCGACUCGCACAGUUGCGGGAGGUGCUGUCGGAGCGCCUGAUGACGAUCAAGGAGCGCUUUGAGGCUGGUGGCUGGGUGUUCACUGCACCGGAGCUGCGUGGGCUCAUCAAGGCGAUCUUUGCAGACUCCGACAAGCGGCAGCAGGCGCUCCGUACCAUCCAUUAACCGCCUCACAAGGACAGCAACAGCAACAGCGUGUUUUUGUGUGACCUGCCGAUGUAGCACGUGUGUUUCUCUGCUUUGCGCUUCUCUCUACUUGUCGCUCCAGCACCGUUCAACAUCUUCUUUCCUCUUAACAUAGCAUGAUCGUUAUCGUUGACCCAGAAAGCACCCGCUAAACAGUCACUCGGAA